AUGUCGUAUACCAGAUUCACCAACUGUCAUCUCAUCGAUAACGGUGAGCUAUACGAGUUCACAGACUUGUACAUUGACAAUAGCACAAGGAAAAUAACAAAACAGCCAACCGACCUUAACCAAAUCACCAAAACUGUUGAUUUGCACGAACAAAUCAUUGCACCUGGCUUUAUUGACAUACAAAACAAUGGUAUAUAUGGGUUAAAUUUCUCCAGCUUGAAUGAAAACUCAACUACUGAGGAUAUCAAGGACUUUCAAAUAUUUUACAAGGAUGCAAUGACAAAAUACUUGUCCACCGGUGUUACUUCCCUUUGUCCCACAGUGACAUCCAACUUCCCAAGCGUUUACACUAAAGUUCUUCCAUUGUACAAAAAGUCUAGAAUGUCAAACCAGACGGAUUCGUUAGGAGCACACCUUGAAGGUCCAUUUAUAAACUUGCAAAAGAAAGGGUGCCAUCCGCCAGAGACCUUUGUUGAUGCCAAAGGCGGUGAAAACAAGCUUUUGGAAGUGUACGGUGGCAAAGGCAACCUUUUGGAAAACGUCUGCAUUAUUACUGCUGCUCCAGAGAUACCUGGUGUUUUGGACUUGAUCCCAUACGUCAAACAACAAAAUUGUGUCUUUUCAAUUGGCCACACUAUGGCAGACCAUCAAACUGGCGUCGAUGCUAUUGAAAAUGGAUGCACCAUGAUCACACACUUGUACAACGCCAUGCCACAACCUCAUCAUCGUGAUGCCGGUGUGGUAGGUUUGAUAAACACACCUAAAGUUUCGCCUGAAAGAGUUCCUUAUUUCGGUCUCAUAUGUGAUGGCGUGCACAUUGAUCCGUCUAUGGUCAACUUGGCAUACAAGUCGAACCCAGUUAAAUGUGUUUUGGUAACUGAUGCCAUGCACUUGAUAGGUUUACCAGAUGGCGAGUACAAGUGGGACGAGCAAGUCAUAGUCAAAACUGGCGAUAGAUUAUAUUUAAAGGGCACAGACACCUUGGCUGGUGCUGCUGCAACUUUACCACAUUGCAUUAGAAACUUGAUGAAAUGGGCCAACAUUGGACUCGCCGAAGCAGUGAAAACAGCAACCAACAAUGCUGCCUUAUCGAUUGGAGUUGAACAUGAAAGGGGUUUCCUAAACGUAGGGUGUGAUGCCGAUUUGGUAGUUUUGAAUAAAGAGGGAUUCGUCACCAAGGUUUACAAGUUGGGUAAUGAAGUCAUUUCAUCUGAUAUCCCACAAUCAAGUGUCCAAAGAGAAAGCAAAAUUAGGGCUGUGUUAUAG